AUGUUUUUUUGUAGUGACACAAUCGUGAUUUCUGAAUGGUAUGCGAGAGAUGCGAUGGACAUAAUCACUGAGGCUCUUGAAUCCGGAGGCGAUCCAGACUUGUCUGUGGCCUAUACCAUUAAUGGUCAACCCGGAGACAGUUAUACAUGCUCUAAUGAUUCGACGUACAAUAUAACGGUGGUGCAAGGAAAAACGUAUCUCCUCCGGAUCAUCCAUUCGGGGUUGAACGAAGAGAUGUUCUUCGGCAUAGCGGAGCACAAUAUCACUGUGGUCGGAAUGGAUGGAGCAUAUUUGAAGCCACUUAAUACCGAUUACCUCAUGAUAACUCCCGGUCAAACGAUGGACGUUUUGGUCACCGCAAACCAAACCCCCGAUCGCUACUACAUGGUAUUCAGUCCAUUUGUGGACACCAAUGCCCCGUCCAACGAAAACGUCACAAGGGGGAUAUUCGAAUACAAUGGCACUUAUAACCACUCGGAGACUCCCGUGUUACCCGUGCUUCCAGGUUUUACCAACAAGAGUGACGCUGGAAACUUCACUAUUUGGUUGAGGAGUUUAAAUAGCAUAGAACAUCCGUCCACGGUUCCGACCAACAUCACGAGGAACGUUACCAUCACGGUGUCUGUGAAUCAGCAGCCAUGUCCUGCUAAUAAAACUUGUACUGGUCCAGACGGCGCUAUGCAUUCGGCAAGUUUGAACAACAUAAGUUUUUGGGCUCCAUCAAUUAGCAUUCUCCAAGCAUACUACAAUAAUAUAAGUGGAGUCUACAACAAAACUUUUCCGAAUAAACCACCUUUCGUGUUCGACUACACCGGAGACGUAUCUGCCUUAGGGGAAGCAGCCAAUGUGAGCACCGAAGUGUUGAUGAUUAACUAUAAUGAAGAGGUCGAAAUAAGAUUCCAAGGGACCAAUUUUGGGGCAGCGGAAAAUCACCCCAUGCAUUUACAUGGCUAUAGCUUUUACGUCGUCGGAAUGGGCGAUGGAAAUUUCAACGACUCCUAUGUAUCGGAUUAUAAUACAGUAGAUCCACCCUAUAUUAACACUAUUGGACUUCCCAAAAACGGGUGGACAGUGAUCAGAUUCAAAGCUGAUAAUCCAGGAGUGUGGUUCAUGCACUGUCACUUAGAACGCCAUGCAAGCUGGGGAAUGGACACAGUCCUUGUCAUCAGGGAUGGGACGAACGACGAUCAGAAGGUGCUUCCGCCACCCGAAGACAUGCCUCCUUGUUCCGGAUCAUAAUUAGGAUGUUGUUUGCUUUGAGUUCUUAGGA